AUGCGCGGAAUGGUUCAUGAAUCCCCCUCCUAUUUGUACUGUGAAUGCGAAUUUAGUGGAAAAGUAUAUGAUACUUCAUUAUAUCUGGAAAAUCCCACCCAACUAAAACUCGAGUUAGCUAACCGCAUCACAAAUGAGGAAUGGCAUGUCGUUGAGGAACUAACCAGGAAGACUGGAAAUUUCAAAAGGUUUGAUGUAUUCUGCUCAAUGCUCCAAUCGGCUCUAUCUAAGCGUUCAAAUUUCCUCAAACUAGAUUUACUAAAUUACGAGGAUCUUAAUGAAAUUAGAAGGAUAAAGAUUUUAAAUGAUUAUCUUCCUCCACGAUGUUCUGUCACACUAAAUGGGAAUAAGCGAUACUUAAUACUGUCGUAUACUACAGAAUUCGAUAAAAUUCAUUACCCUAUACCGUUAUUGUUUGUCGGUUGUCCAACUCCCGAUGUCUACAGAAAUAUAAUACACGAAUUACGAGUCAAGUUAUUCAGUUUUGGAUCAACAAUGAGCUUUCCCGAACAUCAGCUUGAUACGAGUGAAACUGGCGAAGCGAUUUCAAAAAUAUCCAAGCUGCAAUCGGAAAAUAUGGCUUUAAGGAGGGAGCUUCUUUAUGUCAAAGAAUCUCUAAAUAAUGUGAAAUCCUGUCGUCAGACGCAUCUUGGUGAAAAUCCUUGUCAGUUUUCUGACAAGGCGAAGCACACAGGACUCAAAGCAUUUGUAGACAAUUUAGAGACAGAGCUCUAUGAAGAGAAAUCUAAGGCGUCGCGCCAAAUGGUUAAAUAUACCCGCGAAAUAGCUCGGUUGCAAUCAGAUUUGGAAGUUGCGGUAAUAAAUCAAAGGGGGAUGCGUCGUAAAAUCGAUCAGUUAUCUGAGGAACUGUACUUUUUGAAGGGUGGCUCGUUACACAGAAAAUCUGGCAACUCGAGGACAUUUACUCAUAGUACAAACAAUAAAUCAAACCAAGUUAGUCGUAUCAACCGGUCUAAUGUCUUUUCAUCCCAGAAAAGCCGAGAACCGAUCUUUACACUUUUGAAUUGCAAAGCGAACGUCGCCAAGCGUAGAGCGGGUAGUGCGAGCCCAACAAUUUGCCGAACUCUCUCACAUGGGUCUAGUAAAAUUAAUAAUACCUGCCCUAAUCCUCUAAACAAGCCUUUUAAUCCCUAUAAACAGCGAACAAACUCUCUAGAUAGAGCGUUAUCAGGUAAUCGUCGAUUUGAUCCAACUGCUUACAUUCAGGAGAGAGAGAGAAAACGGGAAGAGAAUGCUCUAAAACGGUUGGCACAACAGCAAUCAUUAAUUGGUGCACUUUCGUAUCAGCGAACUAGAUCCUCGUCGUGUACGGACAAUCGAUAUAAUUCCAAUGUGAAAAACAUUACUUCUCAAUUUGCUCGUACUUCUGGAACUACUUCACCUGCUUUUUCUUCGUGUGAAUCUGGUUUAGAUUGUACAACUAGAAAACCGUAUAAUAGAGUUCGUCAUCCAUCAUGUUGUACUCAUAGAUUUAAUCGUCCAAACACUUGUUCACCUCAUCCUUCGGUCUUACAACCUUCUCGUUCCCCUGCCAAUGGUUACUAUUCAUCUAGUUCUCCGGAACCAGUGAAUAUGAAAACAAAUCAGAAUAUCAGUUCGAAAGACCUCAAUAGUCCUAAAUUACCUGCUCCAUUAAAUGAAAUUUGCACAUCCAGAUCUUCAAGGUCACGAUCAAUUGUAAAAAGUCCUUCCUUAUCUGAACGUCAUCAAGUUGACAAUGAAAUGGAUUCGGAUAUUAGUAUAUGUUCUGGCAGACUGUCUCGUCGAUCUCAACCAAGAAACCGAAAUGUUUAUACUAAGAAAGAGAAAACAAUUCAUGAUACUGAUGCAGAAUUAGAUGAAAUUGAUCAUCGUUUAAAUGUACUUCAAGGGUUUUUUGAAAAAUAUCUGACGAAUUCAUAG